UCAACGCUCCUCAUCCCCCCUCUCUCUCUCUCUCUCUCUCUCUCUCUCCAAGAAGGUUGAUCGUCCCCUCCAAGCGACGAGUCGAGAGCUCAGAGAAGAUAACUUCACUUUUUCUCAGAUCUCGCCGCGCCGAAAGGCUUUUUCUCAGAUCUCUCGCCUGCCGACAAGGCUUUUGGGCGAAUCCUAGGAGCUUUAAUUGGGCUUCUUGAUUUCAUACUCUCGCUUGUUUAUUGAUUGGUGCUCGGUUCUGUAGCAGUUCAUUGUGUUUAUUAUAUCAUCAUCAAUCAUGUGGAGAUUCAAACCGUUCAUGCCUAAGGAACAAACAGGUCUUGAAGGGCGCACUGUCGAUAUUGGCAAUUUGAAAGUUCAUAUUCGCAAUGCCAUUGCUGAGGGUGGAUUUUCUUGUGUUUACUUAGCUCGGGAUGCAGUACAUGGCUCGAAGCAGUAUGCAUUAAAGCACAUUAUAUGUAAUGAUGAAGAAUCUCUAGAAGUUGUAAGGAAAGAAAUAUCUGUGAUGAAAUCUCUCAAAGGACAUCCUAAUGUUGUCACACUUUAUGCACAUGCUAUCUUUGAUAUGGGGCGGACAAAAGAAGCUCUCCUUGUGAUGGAAUAUUGUGAGAAGUCCCUGGUCAGUGUGCUGGAAAGCAAAGGAUCUGGAUAUUUUGAGGAGAAGCAAGUCCUUGUAAUUUUUAGGGAUGUCUGCAAUGCAGUCUUUGCCAUGCAUUGCCAAUCACCACCCAUUGCUCAUCGAGAUUUGAAGGCUGAAAAUCUUCUCUUGGGGUCUGAUGGAUUAUGGAAAUUGUGUGAUUUUGGAAGUACCUCUACCAAUCACAAGCGGUUUGAGAGGCCUGAAGAAAUGGGCAUAGAAGAAGACAAUAUCAGGAAGCACACAACACCGGCCUAUAGAGCCCCUGAGAUGUGGGAUCUGUUCAGGAGAGAACUCAUAAAUGAGAAGGUGGACAUUUGGGCCCUUGGGUGUCUUCUUUUCCGCAUAUGCUACUUCAAGUCGGCAUUUGACGGGGAAUCGAAGCUACAAGUUCUAAAUGGGAACUAUCGCAUACCAGAAUUACCAAAAUAUAGCUCAUCCAUUACAGAUCUAAUAAGAGAUAUGCUUCAAUCUUCACCAGAUGCUCGACCCGACAUCACGCAGGUGUGGUUUCGUGUUAAUGAUUUAUUACCAGAUGGAUUACAGAAGCCAUUGCCUGACAGAUCACCGGAGAUGCAUCAACCAGGUGCUGACAUUCACGAAGGAAUUCAAAAGCCUGCUAAUAAAACUAAUCCAAUGCCCCGUCGAAGUCCACCACCCCCACCAUCUACAGAAACUACUUGGAGUUCAUCAUCAUCACCAGUUAAUAAUUCUAGGGCCAGUGGAGGUGGGGGCGCACUUGGUGCUUUUUGGUCCACUCAGCAUGCCAAGGACUCAUUUAGUGCAGAGGACAAAGUAGCAGUUAAAUUUGAUGAAGAACCAAGUAAACAGAACACAACAAGACUAGAGCAGCAAAUUUUUAGCCAUGAUGCUAGCCCAUCAAAAGAGGAGAAGAAUCGCUCCCAUCCUGUCACAAAAACAGUGCAUGCAAACUCUGUUAACAGAGCCGGUGAUAGCUCGUCCCAGGACUUUGGAAUAAAUUUUUUUAAGGAUGAUUCAGGCCAGGCUGCUGGAAGGCCCAAAUCAUCAAAAUCGAAUUCUGAGAGCACAAAUGCUUUUCAAAAUGAGGCAUUCAACUCCUUUGUUGCUGAUUUUGAUACCAAUAAACUUAGCCCUGUAAUCAGCAGUAAAAAUUCAGGGAAGGAAGAAGAGCUGGAGGCUGAGGUAGAAAGGCUGAAAGAACAACUGAAGCAAGCUAACAUUGAGAAGGCUGAAAUAACCUCCAAAUAUGAAAAGCUUUCUGCCAUUUGCCGAUCGCAGAGGCAGGAGAUACAAGAGCUUAAGCAAGCCCUGGGAGCUAGAACUUCACCAAACAGGGGAGUUUCAAAAGAUAAAACAUCUCCUGGAGUUCAACCUUCUGCGACCAUGCAGCAGAGAGAGAAAAUUGAAGGAACAGUUUGGGAACUUCAACAAAGAUUUUUUGACAGCAAUACCCCGAGUCCAGAAUCUAAGCCAUGGAAUGCUUUCACGGAAGAUGCCAAGCCACAAAAAAUGUCAACAGAUAGUACUCCCAAAUCUGUUAGGACGAGGAAUGGUCACCAGAACAAACAGGCUACUCCAGCAGUCUCAGACUCAUGGGAUUUUGGAACCGACAACUUUACAGCAGUUCCCACAGCUUCCUCCCAGAUGCCUGUAUCAAGUAAGGAAUUAAAAACUUCUCAGCGCUAUGGUGAGUUGAAGAAUGUAAAGGGUGAAUCAGUUUCCCAACCUGCUGGCUGGGCUGGUUUCUGAUGUGCAUGGUGGGCAAAAUAAAGGUAUUUUGGCCUGAUCUAUUACUACUUUUGCUUACUACUUGAAGUAUGACGAUGGAAGGAAAAAAGAUGGGAUGGAUGUAUAUGGCUUUAUGAGCUUGUUUUGUAUGGCGCCAACUACUUUUUAUGUAGAUUUGGCUAUGAAAUAGAACACUAUUGUGUUGGCUUCUUCAGAUUAGUUACUGGGUGAAAAAGCUUACAAAUUUCCUAUAUGUUUGUGUUCACCAAUCAGAAAAUAAAAUGAUACAUAUUUUUCCUA